GUGGGUCCUACUGGUAUCAUAAUGGGGAAGGAUGACAAGGUGAAGAAGGAGAAGAAAGAGAAAAAGGAGAAAAAGGUUAAAAAGGAAAAGAAAGAGAAAAAGGAUAAAAAGGAGAAGUCGUCUAGAAAGGCCGCAAGCAGCAGUACUAAGGCGACCACGCGAAAGCCCAGGGCAAAAAAAGAGGGAGCUGAGGAGAAAGUCGCUACAGGGGGUGGACGGAAAAGGAAGGCGAUCGUGCGGACGGAGGACGACUUUGAACCUUUCAAUAGGUGGUGGGAGAAGGAUCCGGAGGACAAUGCGGCGAAAUGGUCUUACCUGGAACAUCAUGGAAUGAUAUUUACUCCUCCUUAUGAGCCUCAUGGAGUUAAGAUGCUGUACAAAGGAGAGCCAAUCGACUUACCUCCUGAAGCGGAAGAAGUUGCUACGUUUUUCGCGCAGACACUAGGUACGGACUGGUGUCAGAAGGAGAAAUUUCAGAACAACUUUUGGGCGGAUUUCCAGGCGAAGUUGCCUAAGGAGUUGAAGUCCAAGAUAACGAAAUUGAAGGAUUGCGACUUUGAGCCGAUUAAGAACUAUUUGGAUAAGCGGAGCGAAGCGAAGAAAGCGAGGACCAAGGAGGAGAAAGAGGCGGAGAAGGAAGCUAAAAGGCUAAAUGAUCACCCUUAUACUCACGUCAUUGUUGAUGAGCUGCGCGAAAGGGUUGGCAACUUCCGGGUGGAACCUCCGAAUCUCUUCCGAGGUCGAGGGGACCAUCCAAAGAUGGGCAAGCUGAAGCAGUAUAUUCUGCCCGAGGACGUUACUGUCAACUGUGCAGCGGACGCGCCGGCUCCUCGAUGCCCUGUGCCUGGACAUGCGUAUAAGGAUGUGGUUCAUGAUCCGGCUGUAACAUGGCUUGCAUGGUUCACUGAUACGAUCAACAAUCAAGUGAAAUAUGUUUUCUUGAAUGCUGCCAGUGGGUUUAAAGGCCAAAGUGAUUGGUUGAAAUACGAGAAGGCGCGGAAAUUGAAGAAAUACAUUAGAGGUAUCAGAGACGAUUACACUAAAAAGAUGAAGUCCACUGAUGAUGAUGAGAAGGAGCUGGGCACGGCGGUGUACCUGAUCGAUCGGCUGGCAUUGAGAGUUGGCAAUGAGAAGAACACGGAGGAAGAGGCCGACACUGUGGGCUGCUGUAGUUUGAGAGUCGAGCAUAUGACCUUUGAGGCGGACAAUAAGAUCACACUGGACUUCCUGGGUAAAGACUCUAUACGUUAUCUUAAUACUGUACAAGUGGACCCAUUGGUGUAUAAGAAUCUGAAGGCCUUGUGUAAGGCGAGGAAACCGGAAGAUAUGAUUUUCUCGAUUGAUCCCUCGAAAGUUAACGACUAUUUCAAGCAGUUUAUGCAGGAGUUGUCGGCGAAGGUUUUCCGUACGUAUAAUGCCUCGAUCACAUUGGAGCAGGAGUUGUGUAAAUUCGAUCCGGAAGAACAUGACAUUAGCGACCCUAGUGAGAUGGUAAAGUUCUACAAUGAUGCCAAUAGGAGAGUAGCCAUCCUUUGUAACCAUCAAAGGGCACCACCGAAACAGCACGAGGCUGGUAUGGAACGGCUGAAGAAGAAACUCGCUGAUCAGGAGGCAACUCUGCGAGGGCUAGAGGGACGACGAGAUGAACUUCUAGGGAAGACUGUGUCUAAGGAUGUGAAGGAAAUCAUCGUAGAAAAGAAAUUGGAGAAAUCCAAUAACAUGGACUCUCUGGUGAGGAAGAUCAAGUCGCAGAAACUGGCAGCUGAACGGACUAAGAUUCAAAUAGCUGAUAAGGAGGAUAAUAAGACGGUAUCGUUGACUACCUCCAAGAUCAACUAUAUGGACCCUCGAAUAUCCGUGGCUUUCUGCAAGUCUCACGAUUGCCCUAUUGAAAAGAUAUUUGCCAAGACUAUCCGGAAUAAGUUCCCUUGGGCUAUGCAUUCGAAGAGUACUUGGAGGUUCUAGACUGUCCUCUGCACACCUCUCCCUGAUCCGCCAGUCUCAACGUCCUA